AUGAAUCCAUCAGCGAUGACUUUUAAACCAAAUCAAAAGAAAUUUUAUUCGAUCAAUACCGAUCAAUUAACAAAAGCUGAAGAAAACAUCUUUCAAGAAUUAUUAUGUGAAUGGACUGAUACUCCCACACUUGAUCUUUUAUUUGAAAAAUGGACAAACCAUCGUGAUAAAAAUUUUUCUUUGAUGAACAUAAAACAAAAUAUAUCUCUUUUUCUUUUAAAUGUCUCUAGUUUAAACAAGUACCUCGUCGACGUAUUUAAAUUAAUUGAUUCCAUAUCAUCACCAAUUGUGAUAUUAAAUGGUAUGCAUCAUGAUGAUAAUUCGGUUAAACAAUUUAGGUCUCAUUUCUUUAACUUUAAUGUUUUUACAAUGAAAGGAACAAAUAUGUUUGGUAGUGUGUUAAUAGCAGUUCAUAAAUCAAUUCGUUCACAACGUGCAGAUGAAUUUGACAAUUUAUGUAAUUUAAUCGUGUUGGAAGUUGGAUCAGAUCUGGAUAUGUUUCAAUUAGCUACAUGUUAUUUUCCACUUACUGAACCCAUUCCUCUUGAUAUAUUUGAUCGUUUGCUUCAACGUAAUCCAAAUUCAAUCUUUACCGGAGAUUUUAACGCUAAGCACAAUUCAUGGUCAAGAUCUGCAGAUAAUCAAAAGGGUCGAGCUUUGUUCAGCUGGCUAUCUUCAUCACCAAUACAUUCAUCUCUGGAAAUUAUUAACAAAUACAUAUCUACUUCAACUCGUUCAAAUGCAACAAUUGAUUUAAUUAUUGCACCAUCGCAUAUGUCGUCUACUUCCUUCUCGGUUCUUCCAAGUAUUGGAAAUGAUCAUCAUCUCGUUCUAUGGCAUCCGUCAUUUAAAAUAUCCUCCACUCAUCAUCGUUUUCCUAUCAAGUGCACCCGUUGGAAUCUUCUCGAAAUUUUUCUUACAUUUACAGCAACGUAUUGGCAAUCGUUAGCUGCUUCUAUGUCAUAUUCAGCAGGUUUCUUCUCAUUAUAUGAACGUUUUCUCUCGUUAUGCACAUCACGCCUUACCUUCAUCACUUUCCGAAAAACAAUUAAACCAUCUUUACCUCAACAUAUUAUCUAUAUGAUUAAACAAAAACGUCAAUAUCUUAAAUUAUUUCGUCAAACACAUCAUCCUCAUUUUGCUGUUGUUUUACGUGAUAUAUCUAAAAUGAUACACAAGCAGCUAUUUCUCCACAAAAGAAAAUCGUGGCUGAAGUAUGGCAAUUCGUUUAACGAUUGUGAUACAACAGCUUUCUGGAAAAAGCAAAGCGUCAUUUCAACUCUCGUGCAGCCCCUAUAG